AUGUUAUUCAUGCCUUUAAAACAAAAUCUUCCUCAUUCAUGUACCUGGAGUCGCACUUCUAUUGUGCAUUACACGAAAAAAUUGCAUAGCUAUAAAAAAGCAGCUUGUCCAUUCCCCGAGCAGAUCUGCAACCAUUUCGUCUUCAUCCCUUCUCAACCUCAACGUUUUAUGCAUGCAUUUAAACAGCCAUUGAGCAAAGUACAACUACUCAGCACCACUGGAUUUCAUGCCAAACAGCAAGUGUUGAAAUAA